AUGGCGUCGGAUGCACUGGUCCCUGAGACGUCGGUGCUUGCGGUCGCGAGCCAUGUCGUGUAUGGGUAUGUUGGGAACAAAAUCGCAACGAUAGUCAUGCAGUCUCUGGGUUGCGAUGUCGCUGCUCUGAACACAGUCCAUUUCAGUAAUCACACCGGCUAUAGACAAUUCAAAGGCACCCGGGCAACAGCCCAGGAGAUCAGCGACCUCUACCAAGGCCUGUGCCAGAGCAAUCUCACCGACUUUGACGUCAUGUUGUCCGGGUAUGCGCCCAGUGCUGCGGCCGUCGAGGCCGUGGGUGCUAUCGGAUUGGAUCUGCAGCAGAAGGCCCAGAAGGCUCCAGGGUCGUUCUUUUGGGUGUUGGAUCCCGUCAUGGGUGACCAGGGCCGACUGUAUGUCAAUGAUGAUGUAGUGCCGGCUUAUAAGAACAUUAUUCGUUAUGCGGAUUUGAUUCUACCGAAUCAAUUCGAAGCAGAAGUCCUCUCCGGAAUCAAGAUCACCUCCCUCAAAACCCUCGCAGAAGCAAUCACCGCAAUUCACAAAACCUACUCCAUUCCGCACAUCAUCAUCACUUCCGUCCAGCUCUCCAAAUUUACAUCAGAAAUCUCCUCAUCACCAAACAGUCUCACCGUCAUCGGCUCCACCACCCGUUCAGAUGGUUCUCCCCGUCUCUUCCGCAUUGAUGUUCCCGCGCUUGACUGUUACUUUAGCGGCACGGGCGAUAUGUUCGCCGCUUUGACUGUUGCCCGUCUACGCGAGGCUGUUUUCGCAACUGGGCCUGACCUUCGGAAUGUCAAGUCUUGGGUGUCGCCGGAUGAGGUGGCUCCUACGGAUCUCCCACUGGCCAGGUCUACUGUUAAGGUGUUGGAGAGCAUGCACAGUGUGCUCGAGAAGACUCUUGAAGCUAGAGAUGCAGAGUUGUACACUACUUCCUCGGACAGUGCAAGUGUCAGCGAAGAGGAGAAGCGGAAACAAGAGAAUCUGCGACAGAGUAAGGCAGCUGAAGUGCGAUUAGUAAGAAACGCACGGUUCCUCCGUGAACCAACAGCUAGUUUCCAAGCGCAGGAAUGGAGGAAAGAGGAUUUGCCGGAGUCACUUCAAUAG